CUCAUAUAUCACUGGCAUAAUCCUGGUUGUGGCCUCGCUGCUCAAACAAGCUCGUAAAAUUACUACAGUAUGCUCUAAAGUUAUUACAUUGUUUAAAAUUUUUAGCAAUCUGUUGAAAAAAACUUCUCUGGUUUCUACUCUUCCCUCUCACAAAACCAACUAUAGUCCUAUAUAUAUAUAUCAUGUCUGCGAAUUCUUCAUCUUCAUACAAACUCCGAAGUCUUGUUACGUUGCUUCACCAUUAUUAUAGAGUUCGGUUUAAUGGUGAAUCCUCGCAGUUACAAGGAAUAGUUCCAGCUACUAGGAUCGGUUAUGGUGGCUCGAUAAGUCCAGGGCUACGGUUUAUCAGUUCUGGAGAUUAUAGAAUACCCAAGACGAUGGAUCAGGUAAAAAAUGAAGCAAACAAUGUUCCUCCAGAAGAGCCAGCUCCUUCUAAGCCCAGUUUAUUUGCUUGGACGAAAUGGAUUUUGGGGUCCAUAAUAUCAAUAUUCCUCCCCUUUUGGAAGGAUAAAUGGGAUAAUUUUCGAAGGAUAGAAGGAGAGGUAGAGAAGGUGGCAGAAGAGGUGGAAGAAGUUGCUGAGGUAGUAGCAGCGGUGGCGACUAAGACGGAAAAUGUAAUGGCAGGGGUUGCCGAGAAGCUGCCGGAAAAUAGUCUACUCAAAGAAGCAGCUGUAGCUGUGGAAAAUGCAUCAGCUGUCGUUGCUAAAGAUGCUCAGUUUACUUCCAAUUUAAUUCACAAGGUUGAAGAUGUGGAGCAAGACUUGAAAGACUUAAAGACGAUGGUUGAACCUGUUAUUGAAAAAAUCGAAAAACUGGAAAGCAACAAAAAGUAGCACAAUAUGAUUUUUAUUAUUCUUUUUAUAACUCAAAAUUAUAAAAGAAGAGUGACAUAUUCUUCUUCAUUUGUGGUGUGGCUUUAUACCACAAUUCAAAAAUAUUGUGAUUAUAUUAUGAAUGAGAAAAUAAUUAUGGAAAAGAUUCAAUUUCA